AUGACCACGACAUGCAGAGCAUUCAGAGACCUUGUCUUAUACCAUCCGCAGGGGAUUACUGACCAGAUUUUAAAAUCGAGUAUUCCUGAUGAAGUGUUCCCUGAAGCAAUUACUUUCUUUAAAGCCUCGAAACCAUCCACUACGAGUGUUGGCAUCGUCCAGGAGCUUCUUGCGUUAGAAAAGUAUCAUCGGCUUAUCCGAAAGUUUACCCGGGACUUCAUUUCUAGUUCGCUGUCUAAACAUCCCAUCACCGGAGCUGAGGUAAAACCUCCAUGGAUGGUUACCAAAGGAGAACAGUACCGUAUUCAACGGGCACUGUACAGAUUCGAGCUUUACUGGAAACUAUUUAAGAGAGUAGAGAAAAAAGAUCGAUCUCGAAGAUACUUCGAGCUAGUUAUUCCCCUGCAAGAUCAUUCCAAGCUUUACUUUGACCACUUUCCCCCAUGGGAGAACGAGCAAAUUAUCUGUAUCCAGGAUUUUCUGCUGAGGAUAGUCGACGGGCCGUUUAAUGAAGUUGCUGCACACGACGUGGAAUGGGGCGAAGGGGGUAUCUAUUACAAUGAAGGAUUCAGAGCUUUGGAGAUCAACACGUUCAGAUGCAACUAUCUAUCGCUUGGUUUGAAGUUUAUUCUUCGUCUCGACCGGGUUCCCCUAUCGAAGUAUAGCAGAGAGCGACUGAGCCGUGACAUCCAAAAACUCACUGUACGAGAUAGUCGAGGUCCACCUGAAGUGUGGUGGGUCACUCAUCUAGAAAUGGCCAGCUAUGAUUUUGUGAUGGCUCCUGAUCAUCUCCCUCUCCGUGAAAGGGGGUACGUCAUGUGGGAUUAUGAGAGGCUUUCGAAAUGGGGCUUGCUCAAAACUCCAUGGCAACGGCAGCCAGUUGAGCCACCAGAAGUUGCGCGGGACAUGAGAGAGAAGGUACUUCAAUCCCAUCGACGGAGGACGGAGAUCUGGCUAAUAGGUGGACGAGGAUGGUGGAGCGAAGAGGAUGAGAGUAAGGUCGUAAAUCCCUGGCGCCCUCGAUGA